AGGUGUUCAGAGUCAGUCAGUCACUUCUGUGGCUGUGGUGUCAGUACUCUCUCCAGGACAUGCUGCGUGCGGCUCAUGGCAUGGGGCUGACAGAAGACUCGGGGUGUUUGGUGAGACGCGCAGGAGGUGUGUGUGAAGCUGAGGUGUGAGUGGGGCUCUGUGCACACAGCCACCAUGAGCUCAGUCAGUCCGCGCGCAGGAUAUUCCCUCUGCUUGGAUAUUAUUUCACUGGUGCUGUCUCUCCUCGUGUUCAUGUCCACAGUCAGAGCAGGGCUUGGUAGCACAUGGUCAGCAUCUGAGAUCUGCCCACUCGGCCACUUCCCGUGUGGAAAUGUGAGUGUGUGUCUGCCUCAGGUGCUGCACUGUAAUGGCCAAGAGGACUGUCCUAACGGAGCUGAUGAGGAGCACUGUGGAGAUAACAGUGGCUGGGCCAAUUUUUUCGACAGGACCAUUCAAAUACCGCUCCCACGUGAUCUGUCCACAGACUGCUUUCUGCAGCAGUACCCCGAUCGCUGUCAGUGCAUUGAGCUGGAGCUUCAGUGUGUGCGCAUCAGUUUGAAUUCCGUGCCGCACGUCUCACCCAAUGUGACUUCUCUGUCUCUUAAGAGCAAUGAGAUUCGAGUAUUACCAGAAAAUGCUUUUAGUAGAUACACAGAACUUCAAAGACUAUUUCUUCAGGAUAACUGCAUAAGCUCUGUGUCUGAUCGGGCUUUUAAUGGAUUAUUCAAAUUGCAGAAACUGUCUUUGAGCCAAAACUGCAUCACUUUAUUAAAACAUGGAGUCUUUGCUGAUCUCCACCAACUCAACUGGCUAAUUCUGGAUGACAAUCCUCUGAAAACCAUCACUGUGAACACAUUCACUGGCCUGAGAUCUCUCUUCUUCCUGUCGAUGGUGAACACCUCGCUUGAACGGCUUCCUUCAUCCAGACUCUGCAGACACAUGCCCUUUCUCAACUGGCUGGACUUUGAAGGGAACUGCAUUCAGAGGCUGAACUACUCCACCCUGCUGUCCUGUGAUGAGCUCACUGUGCUAUCACUGCGAGCAAAUCACAUCAAGAGGCUUCCGGAAAACACUUUUCAAUCUCUGCAUGUGCUGGGAGAGCUGGACCUUUCCAGUAACCAAAUAAAAGAGCUGCCAUUGAACAUCUUCAGGGGUUUGCAGUCUUUACAGAUACUGAAUCUUUCCCAAAACCCAUUGAGCCACAUCCACCUGAGCCAGUUUGAUCAUCUCACGCAACUCCAGUCACUGGGCCUGGAAGGAGUGGAGAUCCCAGACAUCCAGACCCGCAUGUUCCAGUCAAUGAAGAACCUCUCCUACAUAUACUUUAAGAAAUUCCAGUACUGCUCCUACGCUCCUCAUGUCCGGAAAUGCAAGCCCAACUCGGAUGGCCUCUCGUCUUUUGAAGACCUCCUGGCGAGUGUAAUCCUCCGGGUCUCUGUGUGGGUGAUGGCCUUCCUCACCUGCUUUGGGAAUCUCUUCGUCAUUGGCAUGCGCACGCUCAUCCGUGCAGAGAACAACCUGCAUGCCAUCUGCAUCAAAGUUUUGUGUUGUGCAGAUUGUCUGAUGGGCGUCUACCUUUUCUUUGUGGGCAUCUACGAUGUAAAGUUCCGUGGAGAGUACAACAAGAAUGCCCAUGUGUGGAUGGAGAGCCUUGAAUGUCGCACCAUUGGCUUUCUGGCCAUGCUGUCCUCCGAGGUGUCUGUCAUGCUCCUCACCUACCUGACCCUGGAGAAGUUUCUGGUUAUUGUGUUCCCACUGAGUCACCUAAGGCCAGGGAAAAAUCAGACAUUCACCAUUUUGGCUGUGAUCUGGCUCGUAGGAAUCUCGAUUGCCACUGUGCCGCUGCUCAACGACGAGCUCUUCGGGAACUACUACGGCCGAAACGGCGUCUGCUUCCCUCUGCACUCUGAGCGUGUAGAGAAACCUACAGCGAAGGUAUAUUCCAUCGGCAUAUUUCUGGGACUCAACCUAGUAGCAUUCCUCAUCAUCGUCAUCUCCUACUCCAGCAUGUUUUACUCCAUCUACAAGACAGGCAUUAAUGCCACAGAGCUGCGCAGCCGGCUGCACAAGGACGUGGCUGUGGCCAACCGCUUCUUUUUCAUCGUGUUCUCUGAUGCCCUCUGCUGGAUCCCCAUAUUCCUGGUCAAAAUUCUCUCUCUGCUCGAGGUGGAGAUUCCAGGAACCAUCACAUCUUGGGUGGUAAUCUUCAUCCUGCCUAUCAACAGUGCCUUGAACCCCAUCCUGUACACCCUGACUACCAGCUUCUUCCGAGAGCAGGUGGAGCUGAUGCUGUGCCAGUGGCAAAGACACUCCACCCUCAGAAAGGAACGGAAGAGCUUGACCAGCUCAGUCAUUGACAUAGAAAACUCACGACGUCCAUACUGCACGCGUGACUUCGUGCCACGGACCUCCAUCUUAAACUUUAAUGGCAGUUUCAGAUGAACUGCUGAGUAUCCUGUGAGUUUAUAAACCGAUGGAAAAGAGGUUUGGUUCCCCAGGUGACGCUUGGAGAUGUGAUGAUACUGUACCUUGGUUUGGUUCUGCUUUAUGUUGAUCCAAGAAGUGAAAGCCAGCAGUGGAUAUGUACACAAAACCUGAGGUAACCUCAGCACGAACGAAGAAUGGGACUUUUACAGGACAGACCACAACUUUACUAGACAUGAUAUUCAUGUACUCAAAAUAUGUUUUACAGAGAUUCAGCAAUCAUUGUACUGAACAAUGCUAGUUACCAAGCAACUAGCAUCUUACUGAGUAAUUAAAUGGAAGGCAUACUCCAUAAGACAUGCAGCUAAGCUCUUUUUCUACCGAUACCUCAUACAAGUUUCUCAUAAGCAUUGCGUCGCCAUUAGAAAAGGCUCCUAUGAAAUGUAUAACUUUAUUUAAGUGUUCAUAAAAUGACGAAGUUCAUAAAGCUGAUACGCUGACAAUGCUGACAAAGUCACAGUUACAGGUUAGAUUUAAUUGAUAUGUCAUUAUUUCAGUAUACUCAUUAUUUUGACUUAAUAACACAGUAUUAAGAGUUUUUAUCUCAUUAUUUCAACGUAUUAUCUUGAAAUACUAUUGUGAAAUGAUGACAUAGCACCUUUUCCACAGCUUGCAUUUCAGGGCUUCUGUAAUUUUUAAAACGUAAUUUGAACAAAAUUAAUAAAGAUUCAUGUAUUUGGCAAAAUUGUCACAUCUGCCCUGAUUAUGCCCUCAUUGGCUUAUCAUAUUCUGACCAUGUCCCUCCUUCUUUUUUUAACGCCUCAUUUUCCAUAUAUGGUCAUUGUUUCCUGUUCUCAUUACCUUGUUGCCAAGGUUGUUAAUUAGUUUCACCUGCUGCUUGUUAUAAUGGUCUAGUUUGUCUAUUUAAACCCUCUUGCUUGGCUUUUGAGUUUGUAAUGUGCUGCAUGUGCAAAUCUGUAUUACAAAGCAGUGGACUUCAGUCUUGUCUCUAGUCUUAGGUCUUCGAUCUUUAUCCCAGAGAACCAGUAGUUUGUAAUGAAGUCAUGAUGAAGGCUGGUGGUUUAUGGGUUACUCUGCUGUGUUGCUAAACUGGGAUGGAUGCCUGUCUGGUGUACAGGCUCUGAUUCCUGGAUUAAUACUAAUAAAUAUGCUUUUAGUAUGUAUUUGCGUCCUGUGUCCUGCAACUGUCCUCUGUCCUGUACCCCAUGGUAAAGAUUUUAUUUAGAUAUAUUUGUUGCGUUUAGUGAUGUUACUAUGAAUUUGAAGAACUUGAAACAUGCCCAUAAUCUCUUUAAAAGUACAGUGCGUGAAAGUAUACUGUACAUUUCAGAAAUCUGUUUUACUAUCUUUGAAGCUGUUUUCUUUUUUUUUUUAAAUUCA